AGGAGGCUUUAACUAAAGUUGUGCAGCACAUGCUGACUCGGAAAAACAUCGUGGUGGAGAAUGAGUCCCUGGCACUAUUGUUGGCCCGCAAAAUGGGCGACAGAAUUGCCGACAUGGCCAGAAUGACCUGCGAUGGGGCAAGUCACGCCGCCCGCUCCAAGCCGGGAUACUUCGAUGUGGAGCAGACCUUUAUCCGCAUGCACAUCAUGUCCGAAGAUCUCCUAGACGAGGUCAAGGCUAACAAGGGCCAGCCGCAGCCCAACAUAGUCCUUCCCGAUCCGGGGAUGUUCGCGCGGGGAUAUCACACGGUAUCGGAACCAUUGCUGGGUGGCAAUUCGCCGAAUGAAAAUACCACGCGACCGAAUAUUCCCAUUUUCCUUGAGCCGUUUCCCGGCCUACACACCUACAAGAAGACACCGAUGGAACCGGUCAUCGAAAAGGACUACUUGGACGCGCGUGAGAGCAAGGCACUGCAACGACUGAACGAGCAGGAGGCUAUCAACAAAAUAUUCAAGAACCAGAAGCCAACUGUGUCGUUGUUAAACGAGCCACGCCGUCGCUAUGAUGUAUUCGACGUGGAGCCGCUCAAGAGACCUGCAUAUUUGGACGCCCUAAUGCCACGCGAGAAGAUAUUCGAAACAGACGUGUACGAAAACCCAGAUCCGAUCCCCCGUGAUGGACCCGUGAACCCAUUUUUCAGGGAAUCGAAAUCUCCUAGUACCCCAAAGACGCCCUAUCAUGUCGACUUGGGAAUAAUCCCCAAAAAAGUUACCACUCGAAAGAAAAUCAAUGUGAAAGUGAUCGACGCUGCUAGUGGCGCUAAGAAGCGACACCGUUCUGAGAAGAGACAAAAGGAGCACAAGAGAUCCAAGAAAGAACCGGAAAGAUCUGGCAAUAAGGUGAAGGAAGAACCUGUGAAGGUUCCACGAAAAAUCGUCACUGCGGAUCCACCAAAAAAAGUCGAAGUGCCGAAAGUCGUGAUAGACAAGGUCAUCGAUGAGAAGACGCGCGAAAAAAAGGUUGAGAAGGCUUUCACUUCGGGCACCGGAAACGAUAUUGCCCGUAAGAAAUCCCACCAGCGCAACCCUUCUGAGACGAUCAAGAAGCACCAGGGAUCCAACAAAGAUUCCAAAAGUGACGUCCAUCGUGAGAAGGCUCCACAGAGAACCGACACCGCUGAUCCACCAAAAAAGCCAAAGUCCAGUUCAGGCCACUCGAAACAAAUUCAGAACGUUUGUCCUACUGGAAAAACCACUGCUGUGUCGCAGGCAGAGAAAAACAAGGAAGACGCUGCAAAAUCCUUGGAAAGAAUUUUCGAUCAGCUGAUACGCCAAGACAAGGCGAAGAAGGAGGCUUCCACUUCACGCUCCGAAAACGAUAAUUCGCGUAAGAAAUCAACCCAUAAACGAAGCCAUUCCGAGGAAAAACACAAGAAGCACAAGAGAUCCAAAAGCACAAAAGAUUCGGAAACAGACUCCAAAAGCACAAAAGAUUCGAAAACAGACUCCAAUACUAAGAAGAUUCCACAAAUAAUUAAAACUGCUGAUCCAGCAAAAAAUCUAGAGAGCACUAAAGUCGCAUCGAAAAUCCAGCCAACAAUCCAGACCAUAAUUCCCAGCAAAACCACUGCUGUGUCAAAGGUAGAGGAAAACAAGGAAAAUUUAUUCAUGAUUUCGAAACCCAUGAACAAGGUUUUCGAAGAGCUGAAGCGCCAAGAAAAGGUUGAGCACGUUUCCCGAUCCGAGCACAAGCACACGGUGCACAAGAAGCACAAGAGAUCCAAGAGCACAAAAGAUUCGGAAACAGACUCCAAAAGCACAAAAGAUUCGAAAACAGACUCCAAUACUAAGAAGAUUCCAGAAAUAAUUAAAACUACUGAUCCAGCAAAAAAUCAAGAGAGCACUAAAGUCGCAUCGAAAAUCCAGCCAACAAUCCAGACCAUAAUUCCCAGCAAAACCACUGCUGUGUCAAAGGUAGAGGAAAACAAGGAAAAUUUAUUCAUGAUUUCGAAAUCCAUGAACAAGGUUUUCGAAGAGCUGAAGCGCCAAGAAAAGGUUGAGCACGUUUCCCGAUCCGAGCACAAGCACACGGUGCACAAGAAGCACAAGAAGCACAAGAGAUCCAAGAGCACAAAAGAUUCGGAAACAGACUCCAAAAGCACAAAAGAUUCGAAAACAGACUCCAAUACUAAAAAGAUUCCAGAAAUAAUUAAAACUACUGAUCCAGCAAAAAAUCAAGAGAGCACUAAAGUCGCAUCGAAAAUCCAGCCAACAAUCCAGACCAUAAUUCCCAGCAAAACCACUGCUGUGUCAAAGGUAGAGGAAAACAAGGAAAAUUUAUUCAUGAUUUCGAAAUCCAUGAACAAGGUUUUCGAAGAGCUGAAGCGCCAAGAAAAGGUUGAGCACGUUUCCCGAUCCGAGCACAAGCACACGGUGCACAAGAAGCACAAGAAGCACAAGAGAUCCAAGAGCACAAAAGAUUCGGAAACAGACUCCAAAAGCACAAAAGAUUCGAAAACAGACUCCAAUACUAAAAAGAUUCCAGAAAUAAUUAAAACUACUGAUCCAGCAAAAAAUCAAGAGAGCACUAAAGUCGCAUCGAAAAUCCAGCCAACAAUCCAGACCAUAAUUCCCAGCAAAACCACUGCUGUGUCAAAGGUAGAGGAAAACAAGGAAAAUUCAUUCAUGAUUUCGAAAUCCAUGAACAAGGUUUUCGAAGAGCUGAAGCGCCAAGAAAAGGUUGAGCACGUUUCCCGAUCCGAGCACAAGCACACGGUGCACAAGAAGCACAAGAAGCACAAGAAGCACAAGAAGCACAAGAGAUCCAAGAGCACAAAAGAUUCGGAAACAGACUCCAAAAGCACAAAAGAUUCGAAAACAGACUCCAAUACUAAGAAGAUUCCACAAAUAAUUAAAACUGCUGAUCCAGCAAAAAAUCAAGAGAGCACUAAAGUCGCAUCGAAAAUCCAGCCAACAAUCCAGACCAUAAUUCCCAGAAAAACCACUGCUGUGUCAAAGGUAGAGGAAAACAAGGAAAAUUUAUUCAUGAUUUCGAAACCCAUGAACAAGGUUUUCGAAGAGCUGAAGCGCCAAGAAAAGGUUGAGCACGUUUCCCGAUCCGAGCACAAGCAAAUAAUUAAAACUGCUGAUCCAGCAAAAAAUCUAGAGACCACUAAAGUCGCAUCGAAAAUCCUGCCAACAAUCCAGACCAUAAUUCCCAGAAAAACCACUGCUGUGUCAAAGGUAGAGGAAAACAAGGAAAAUUUAUUCAUCAUUUCGAAACCCAUGAACAAGGUUUUCGAAGAGCUGAAGCGCCAAGAAAAGGUUGAGAAGGUUUCCCGAUCCGAGCACAAGCAAAUAAUUAAAACUGCUGAUCCAGCAAAAAAUCUAGAGACCACUAAAGUCGCAUCGAAAAUCCAGCCAACAAUCCAGACCAUAAUUCCCAGCAAAACCACUGCUGUGUCAAAGGUAGAGGAAAACAAGGAAAAUUUAUUCAUGAUUUCGAAACCCAUGAACAAGGUUUUCGAAGAGCUGAAGCGCCAAGAAAAGGUUGAGCACGUUUCCCGAUCCGAGCACAAGCAAAUAAUUAAAACUGCUGAUCCAGCAAAAAAUCUAGAGACCACUAAAGUCGCAUCGAAAAUCCUGCCAACAAUCCAGACCAUAAUUCCCAGAAAAACCACUGCUGUGUCAAAGGUAGAGGAAAACAAGGAAAAUUUAUUCAUCAUUUCGAAACCCAUGAACAAGGUUUUCGAAGAGCUGAAGCGCCAAGAAAAGGUUGAGAAGGUUUCCCGAUCCGAGCACAAGCAAAUAAUUAAAACUGCUGAUCCAGCAAAAAAUCUAGAGACCACUAAAGUCGCAUCGAAAAUCCAGCCAACAAUCCAGACCAUAAUUCCCAGCAAAACCACUGCUGUGUCAAAGGUAGAGGAAAACAAGGAAAAUUUAUUCAUGAUUUCGAAACCCAUGAACAAGGUUUUCGAAGAGCUGAAGCGCCAAGAAAAGGUUGAGAAGGUUUCCCGAUCCGAGCACAAGCAAAUAAUUAAAACUGCUGAUCCAGCAAAAAAUCUAGAGACCACUAAAGUCGCAUCGAAAAUCCAGCCAACAAUCCAGACCAUAAUUCCCAGCAAAACCACUGCUGUGUCAAAGGUAGAGGAAAACAAGGAAAAUUUAUUCAUGAUUUCGAAACCCAUGAACAAGGUUUUCGAAGAGCUGAAGCGCCAAGAAAAGGUUGAGAAGGUUUCCCGAUCCGAGCACAAGCAAAUAAUUAAAACUGCUGAUCCAGCAAAAAAUCAAGAGAGCACUAAAGUCGCAUCGAAAAUCCAGCCAACAAUCCAGACCAUAAUUCCCAGAAAAACCACUGCUGUGUCAAAGGUAGAGGAAAACAAGGAAAAUUUAUUCAUGAUUUCGAAACCCAUGAACAAGGUUUUCGAAGAGCUGAAGCGCCAAGAAAAGGUUGAGAAGGUUUCCCGAUCCGAGCACAAGCACACGGUGCACAAGAAGCACAAGAAGCACAAGAAGCACAAGAAGCACAAGAGAUCCAAGAGCACAAAAGAUUCGGAAACAGACUCCAAAAGCACAAAAGAUUCGAAAACAGACUCCAAUACUAAGAAGAUUCCACAAAUAAUUAAAACUGCUGAUCCAGCAAAAAAUCUAGAGAGCACUAAAGUCGCAUCGAAAAUCCAGCCAACAAUCCAGACCAUAAUUCCCAGCAAAACCACUGCUGUGUCAAAGGUAGAGGAAAACAAGGAAAAUUUAUUCAUGAUUUCGAAACCCAUGAACAAGGUUUUCGAAGAGCUGAAGCGCCAAGAAAAGGUUGAGAAGGUUUCCCGAUCCGAGCACAAGCAAAUAAUUAAAACUGCUGAUCCAGCAAAAAAUCUAGAGAGCACUAAAGUCGCAUCGAAAAUCCUGCCAACAAUCCAGACCAUAAUUCCCAGAAAAACCACUGCUGUGUCAAAGGUAGAGGAAAACAAGGAAAAUUUAUUCAUGAUUUCGAAACCCAUGAACAAGGUUUUCGAAGAGCUGAAGCGCCAAGAAAAGGUUGAGAAGGUUUCCCGAUCCGAGCACAAGCACACGGUGCACAAGAAGCACAAGAAGCACAAGAAGCACAAGAGAUCCAAGAGCACAAAAGAUUCGGAAACAGACUCCAAAAGCACAAAAGAUUCGAAAACAGACUCCGAUACUAAGAUGAUUCCAACGAAAACCGACACUGCUGAUCCACCAAAAAAACCAAAGACCAGUUCAGAUCCAUCUGGCAUCCAGCGUGAGAAGUUACCUGGAAUACCCACUGUUGUGCCCCAGGUGGAGAAAAGCAAGGAAAAUCGAGUCAAGGUGCACCACAAGCAGAAGCACAAAGAAAAGGUUGAGACGACUUCCACUUCGGGUUCCGGACACGGUAAUGCCAGCAAGAAGCGUUCGAAAUCGCAUGAAGGUAAACAGGCAGAAGAACCAAACAAAAAAAUUCGAAAAGUUUUGAACUCUAAAUAAAACUGCAACUCGGGU